AUGUCGAAGACAAACUCGAAGAAGCUAGAGCGGCUGAGAGACCGUGUUUGGACGCAACAGAAUUCCUUGGUGCUGCAGCGCUAUCUGCAGGGGAGAAACAUCCCGAACGGCGGCACAGUCGAGCUGAACGAGCUCUUCAAGGAAGCUGUACUGGUCACUCUCUCCUGUGACCAAAUGACCGUCAGCCCUUACAAGUUGUCGGGCAUCGGAAUCACCACUUUCGACAGGCGGAGUCUCAAUACGGAAGGACUUAUCGACACAUCUGCGGGACCUCACGCCGAAAACUACCUUUCCCAUAUCUGGUCUAUGCAUCUUAGACUGCAAGAGCACGCCCAUCUUCCGGCUGGCAACAGUAACCCUGACGCUUACCACUUCGGCACUUCCGCCUUUGCGUCGAAAGAUGAAGUAGUCGAUUUCUUGACGCAAAUCUGGACCCAACCAAUGGAUGAAGAGAACCUUGAACUUGGCCUUCGUCCCGUCAUUUGCCUUCAGCAUGGCAACAUGUACGAACUAGCAGCGCUAUGGCAAGACCUUGGAUUCGACCCUGCGAAAAUCGGCACAACGAUUGCCAUGUUGGAUGGUCAAGUGAUUGCGGAGCAAAGCAAGCUUACUCGGAAUCCCUACGCUGAGCUCGACUACCUGCUUGCCCAAUACAAAAUCCAACCCAAGGAUUCCGGCAAUUGUGGGAACGCGGCGGCCUACAUCACCAUUUCAUCUAUGCUCUCCGCUCUAAGGAAGCAUCUGUACCAGUCGCCUAGUAACCCGAAAGCGAAGCCUGGGAAGCACGGCCAGUCUGCUUCGAAGACUGCCCAGUCGGUUGUGAAUGAGCUGAUGGAGCGGCCGACGCCUGCUCCACCCGUAGGAACAGAGGUAUUCUGUAUCCGUUGCGUAAGCUCGGAUCAUUUCUUCACCGAGUGUCCCCAUUCAGAUCUCGACGGGCUUGAGUGA